CCACGAGUGAACUAACUAAUAAAUUCUUCUCGCGAUGGGGACCGCAGUGGGAUAUGCACUGAGAAAACUUUUUGUUUAUCUAUCAGCUGUUGCCAUGAUAUUAUUUGCGCUCGCGCAGAUGACUCUGUUGAAACUCCUGUCAUUCGUUUCCCCGGGACUGAUGAAGAAAAUCCAUCUUAAAAUGGGAGAGAAGUUUACGAUGACCCAAAAUCCCAAUUUCAAAUACGAAGACUGGGGUCCGAGUUUCUUUUCUCUGGCGUUCAUUAAAACAGUGCUCUCCGUGAACUGGUGCUCGCUGGGCCUGGGAGCGUUCGAGGGCCACGCGGCUCCAGACACAGCUGUAUUCACCCUGGACGGACAGAAGUCGAGCAUUCAUCGUUUUCUUAAAGGGAACCGUCCACUGGUUCUGAGUUUCGGAAGCUGCACAUGACCCCCAUUUCUCUACAAGCUUGAUGAGUUCAAACAACUUGUCAAGGACUUCAGUGAUGUGGCAGAUUUCCUCGUGGUUUACCUUGCAGAGGCGCAUGCGACUGAUGCUUGGGCCUUUGCAAACAACGUCGACAUCAGAGUCCACAAAACUUUGGAGGAGAGACUGGCUGCAGCCCAGACCCUGGUCAAAAAAGAUCCCCUCUGCCCUGUGGUAGUGGAUGACAUGACCAACAUCACUGCCAGCAAAUACGGAGCCCUGCCUGAGCGCCUCUAUGUCAUUCAGAGUGGGAAAGUUUUCUAUCAGGGUGGCAUCGGACCUUGGGGGUACAACCCUGAAGAGGUUCGAAAAGUUCUGGAGAAAAUUGAAUAAACAGAAAAAAAUAUAUAAGUGUUCUAUUCAUGGUUGCAUUUAUAUAUUUGCACUUUUAUGAAAUUCUAUAGCCUGAACAAAUUUUAUGAGUCCUUGUGUUUGCUUGUGACAGAUACAGAUGAAACCAGCUGGUCUCUGUACCUCGAUGUUUUAAACACAAGGGGAUGUAAAAUGUAAGUAGGUGACAGUAUCUUUAGCAUACAAUUUUUAAAGGAACAUAUAUGUACAUUUUCUUUAAUAAACCAUUUUUUUUACUUCAAUGUAAAUGCAUAAUUAUCAUACAGUAUCAGCAUUGUAUUC